CUCCAUCUGGACAUCAUCUCCAGCAGGUGCAGUGGAGGAGGCCCUCGUCUGGGUGUGUGUCAGGGGUCUAAUGUGACAUGGAGAAUGACCCUCAGGGCUCAGAGGACCUGUCCAUCAGGAGGAGCCACAGCCUGAAGGCACUGCUGCAGGAAACAGAAGCCACUAGACCUGAUAUCUCUCUCAAUCCAGCAACAUGCCACCACCCCUGUGGCAUGUUUGGCAUGUUUCACCUGAGAUAAACCGCCCAGCUCCUCGGUGUAUAAGAGUCGACUCAGUCUGGAAGCUCCUCACUCUGCAGUCUCCAGCCAAGAGAACAUCAGCAGCCAUGAACACCUUCUCCAACCGCAGCAGCAGCUUCGUCAGGACCUCCGGCGGCAGAGGCCCCGUGUCCAUCUCCUCCUCCUCCAUCCGCCUCGGAGGUGGCCUGGGAUCUGGCAGUGUGUACGGUGGAGCAGGAGGAUCUGGAGUACGGAUCUCCAAGUCCUUCUCCACUGGCUCCUCUGCUGCUGCUGGAGCUGAGCUGAGCAUGGCUGAGGGCCUUACAGUCAACGAGAAGGGCACCAUGCAGAACCUGAACGACCGCCUGGCCACCUAUCUGUCCAAGGUCCGCUCCCUAGAGAAGGCCAAUGCCGACCUGGAGCUGAAGAUCCGUGAGUUCCUUGAGAAAAGGACCAUGCCUGAGGUGCACGACUACACUCGCUUCAGGGUGCAGAUCAAAAGUCUGCAGGACCAGAUCUGUGACGCUGCUCGUCAAAAUGCUGCUAUCGUCCUCUCCAUCGACAACUCCCAGCUGGCCAUCGAUGACUUCAGAGUCAAGUAUGAGAACGAGCUGGCCAUGAGACAAUCUGUGGAGGCUGACAUCUCCAACCUCAGGAAGGUUCUGGACGAUUUGCUGAUCGCUCGCAGCGACUUGGAAAUGAGGCUGGAGGGCCUGAGGGAGGAGGUGCUGCUGCUGAAGAGGAACCAUGAAGAGGAUCUCCUGGCUCUGCGCGCCAGAGUGGGAGGACAGGUGAACGUGGAGGUGGACGCUGCACCUCAGGAGGACCUGUCAGCCGUCAUGGCCUCUAUCAGAGAACAUUAUGAGAAUGUGGCUGCCAAGAACCGCAAAGACUUGGACACCUGGUUCCAGGCCAAGAUAGCUGAGCUGAACAAAGACAUGGCGGCCAAAACCGAGACCCUGGAAACAUCAAGGUCUGAGAUCACCGAGCUCACAAGGACUCUACAGAAUCUGGAGAUCCAACUGCAGAGUGAGCUCAGCAAGAAAAAUGUUCUGGAAGGAUCUCUGGCUGAGACCAAGCUCCGCUACAACAACAUCCUGGCAGGGUACCAGAGGCAGCCAGUAGGUGGCAGUAAUGUAAAGGAUGUGCAGCUGCUGGUAAAACCCAACAAGACUAAGAACAAGUGA